AUGUCUCAAACUCUUUUUCUUCUUUUGUCUGCUUCGUUCGCAGUUGCUGCUAUAGCGGCUCCCACUGCCACAAACCAAACUGCCAAAAGCUUCUCAAUUGGUCAGAUUGCAGUUCCGAAAAACCAGUCAAGCUCUCCUGCAUCGUACUUGGCCAAGGCUUACAGGAAAUACGGUGUUGCUGUACCAUCUAAUGUUGCCUCUGCCGCUGCUCUGGGUGCCACUGGUUCUGUAUCUGCGACUUCUUAUGAGGAAGUCGAGUAUGUCAUUCCUGUGACAGUCGGAGAAAGCCAGCUCACUCUAGAUCUUGACACUGGAUCUUCUGAUCUAUGGGUCUAUUCUUCCAAGACCCCAGCCCUUGAACGCCUUGGCCAUGCCUACUACACCCCAGGUAGCACUGCCACCCUCAUGGUAGGAUACAGCUUCGAUAUUGAAUACGGUACCCCUGGAGACGAGACCUACGCCGAGGGUGACGUGUACCAAGAUAUCGUCACUGUCGGUGGAAUCUCUUAUACCAAACAAGCUGUCGAAGCUGUGACUUCGCUUAGCGAGUCCUUUACAGCUGAUCUCUCGAACGAUGGGUUGAUCGGUCUCGCUUUCAGCAGUCUAAACACUGUCUCACCUGUGGCACAGAAUACGUGGUUUACCAAUGUCCAAAGUUCCUUGGCUUUGCCAUUGUUUGCUGCCUACCUCAGAGAUGGUGCACCAGGCACAUAUGACUUUGGAUACAUUGAUGAAACAAAGUACACUGGUGCUCUCACAUACACUAGUGUCGAUACAGACCCUGGAUACUGGAAGUUUACUGCUGAUGGUUACGCUAUCGGGGGCCAGGAAGUUGUAGGUUCUGUUGAAGGAAUUGCUGAUGAUCUCCUCGUUGCGGCAUACUACGCACAGGUCCCAGGUGCCACCGAUGAUGAGGCCGCUGGUGGAUACAUUUACAGCUGCGACACCAUCUUGCCCGAUUUUGCUAUCAUCGUCAAUGGUUACGCCGCUACUGUCCCUGGUGAUAUUAUCAAUUUUGAAAACCUCGGAGACGGAUCCUGCUACGGAGGUAUUCAAUCCAAUGGUGGCAUUGGAUUUGCUAUCUUCGGAGAUGUCUUCCUCAAGACACAGUAUGUUGUCUUCGAUGCCGCUGGUCCUCAAAUUGGAUUCGCUGCUCAGACAUAG